AAUUAGAAAACUUAUGAGUAUUUUUUAAUGGUUACUUCUAUUUUAAUAAUAUAGAUUCCAAUAUACUGUCGACAUGUUAUGUAAUUGCAAUCCUAAACUAAAUUUUAUAGACUUGAUAUGAAUUUUUAAGUUAAAACAAAUCCGAGUAAAGUCAACGAUGGCCCUUGGGUUACUGAUAGCAUCUGAUAAUUCUGUCGUAGUACCGCCUGUUUUCCCCCAACACAAAUCAUUAUUCUAAUGUAUUUAAGAAUAUGAUUAAAAAGUCUCAAAAUCAUAAAAAGUCUUGCAUAAAAAAUACAAUUUAAUUACACAACUAAGAUCUCUUCAAUCUCCCCAUCACUUGUUAUUAACAUAUACCUACACCAGUUUCUGUUGCUGUUACAUUUCUUUUGUAUUCAUCGAAACAAACAAACGGAUCAUUAUGAGCUCUGACAGAAACAGUGAUCAUGUAAUCGAACCCGACCGUUUGUUCUGGCAAAACACGGCUUCUUACAAUGGCAGCAGCAAGAUUUUACUCGUAACCAUCGUAGCUUUCUCUAUUAUUAUCAUCAUCGUCUUUACUUAUCAUCUAUACGAAAGAUUCAUCCUCCGCCGCCGUAGAUCCACCUUCCAAGGCCGCUCUUUCACAGUUGUUACUCAGCCGCCCAAACGUGGCCUCGGCAAAGUUGCCAUUGCUUCUCUCCCUACAUUUGUGGUUGGAGUCAACGGUGAUGACGUACCAGCUACGGAAUGUGCGGUGUGCCUAGCCUUGUUGGAGGAGAAAGAUACGGCGAGGAUGUUACCGAACUGCAAGCAUGUUUUCCAUAUGACAUGCGUUGACACAUGGCUCACCACACACUCUACUUGCCCCAUUUGUAGAACUGAAGUCGAGCCGAGUCAAAGGCUUGAGCCUGAGCCAAGAGAAGGGCCAGUUGGUGACGGUGCAUCUUCCUCGGAGUACAAGAGUAGCGGGUCAACGGUUGUGCGGUUAGAUUCGUUUCGGAGGAUUUUGACAAGGGAAAGAUCUUUGGACAGGAACGAUCAUUCUCGCGUUGACCAAGAUCGUGUAGUAGAUCUUGAAAGACAAUGAAUAAUAAGUACUCUUGUUCACGUUACAAUAGUACUCUUGUUCUUUUAUAAUUUCAAUCUUCUUACUAAAAUCUUUUGUAUGUUACUGUACAAAAUACACAUUAGUUCAAAAAGCUAGUGUUUUAACGUGUGAAAAGAAAAUAAUAAGUGUUGAACUUGUAAAAUAUAAUUCAGACAACUUGAGCCGUGCUAAAGAACUUUCAAAGCAUUGGCUUGGGCAGCAUUUUUUUUUA